AAGAGGAUUGGUGACACUGGAGACCCCUGGGGGAGUCCUGAACUUAUGGGCAUGGUUGGCCCAGGAUGGCCAUCAAUAACUAACUGGGCCUUUCUAUCCGAUAGGAAAGAGGCUACCCAGUUGGUCAAAGAUCCAUCUAGUCCCAUGGACUCCAGCUGA